CCGGCUAGACGCAUCACAACACGUGCAGAUGCCACAAGUGGGCGUAGUCUACGGAGUGUACUCAGAUUCUCGCAUCUACGCAGAAAAUAUUAUCAUCCAAACUCCUCCCCUAUCAAAACCACCCCCAAUCAAAAAAUAUCAGAGAUUGCUACUUCAUCUACCUUAUCAAGAUUUACUGCCGCAUUAGCCCCGUCCGAGUACGGACAUCUUUCGGCACACCAAAGGAUUCCCAGAGGAGUGGGCCAGAGUACCACCACAACACGGCUCAUGGCCCCAUCAUUCAGCUACACAUGCACUGUGCGCACAGCCACUUUUUGAUGAAUACACCUUCACUGCUCCGUCCUAUGUUAUGCAGUGCUGUACUGUUGUGCUACUGUGCCUUCUUGUUUCACUUCUCCUAUUGCUUAUCCCCUGAGGUUGCGGAAUGCGUGCCGAGGCUAUACCCUAUUAUGCAAUAGAAAAAAUCCUUCAGUGAGGCACGUGCACACUAAAUUAAUUGGGUGAUAUUGGCUGUCAUAUGAAUUAAUCUAGUCAUGGACCUGCCUAGCCCAGUUGCUGCUCGGCUGGAUCGUAUAGGAGUGAGGCCGAGGUAUCCCGGAAUACGCUGGAUUGUAUGAUCGGAGCGUGUUGAUCGGGGAGGAAUCAGGAUGUAUGUGGUCUGCUAGGUUAGGCCAGGUCUGGGGCUGUCUCUGCAUACCAAUUACUAUUAUUCUUGGGGGCUGUAGAAGGAUGGAGGAUCUUCCUAGAUACUUCAAUAGUAAUCUACAUACGCGAUGGAGGAGUGAAGGAUCCGAUCAGUUGGGCGGCAGCGCCAGUGCUGUCAGCAAAACUCGGAAAGGGUGACAAAUUCAUUAAUCUGGCUGCUGCAGCCUGCAGGCUCAUGCUUGUGCUACUAUGUGUUGAUGUGCUUACAGUGGGUCAGCGCUGUUUCUAUGGAAUGGUUAUGGAAUUGGAAACAUUCCCCUUCCAUGGUUAUCAAUCACUUGGUUGUUUGGUUCUCUUUUUUAUUUUUUCACGGAGUGCUCGGGAGGAUAUUCUACUUCCGUGAAAAUCAGACUGAAGUGGGCCUUUGGUUUCUGGCUCAGUUAUAACAAGAAUUUGCAGUGGAAUUCUUCCAAAGGACAGAAACUCAUCAUCUUUGAUAUAGAGAUAGUCAACACAAGGAGCGAAUUGGUCAUUGAGUUCUGACUUA